UCCCGAGGAAUUGGAGAGGCGUCUCAGUUCUGGAAGUAGCAGCAGGGACCGGGGUGGGGGUUUAAAUUGUUUUGUUAAAGCAAAGGUGCUUCAAUGGUUUCACCAGCUGUGACUGACGGGAGGAAUUGUAUUUAAUACCCGGAAGAGCCGAGCCAUUAGAGCUCAGGAGGGACUUUCCGCUGCUGGAUGCGCAAUUUCUGCUUUCGGUUCCCCCAGGCAAAAAAAAAAAAUUGUUUCUCUCUCUCUCUUCUCUCCCUCACGUUAGAGAAGGAAGCGAGGUGACUUCCUCGGUGGGGUUAGCGAAGCCAGAGAGAGAGAGAGAGACUUUGAGACGGUGUCUGUACAGAGCAAAGCUGAAAAUGAUGUGGCUGCUGCUGUUUGUGUCGGUCCCAGUUCCUGUAGGAAGUAACGGAGUGUCAUUGUCCGUGGGAGUACCGAGGAGAGUGAAUGGGACAGUCGGAACCUCUGUCGUUCUGCCUUGCAAGUUCAGCUCCCCCUAUACGCAGUACACUACCUUCGAGAUUACAGUCACCUGGAAGGUGAAGGUGUUUUAUAUCGGGCCAGUUCUCUUCAGCUCGACAAACAGAGCCAAGCUCGACGGGGAGUUUGAAAACGUGGUUAACACAAACGUCGACAACCGGUACAGACUGGCCGGGGACCCCCGGAGAAACAACGUUUCUUUAGAGGUGAAAAAUGCCACACUAGAUGACAACAGUCAGUACUUCUGUCGUGUGGAAGUCAAACGUCAGGGCUUAUCUCCUUAUAUGGAAGAAACCAACCCUGGAAUCACCCUGAAAAUAACAGGUCCACCGACCAUCUUAAAUAUGUCUAUCCAUGCCAUUAAUGAGACGCAGUUUACCCUCGUGUGCAUCGUCAAAGGGGAACCCACUCCAAACAUCGUGUGGAUCGACUCCCGGAACAACAGCCUCCCCGUCAAUGGCAGCGACACCCCAGUAACACCAGGCCCAGGGAAGUAUCAGAUUGUGGGGGAGCUACAUGGCCCAAAGCUUGGAGGGAACUACACCUGCAUGGCCACCAACAACCGAGGCAGUGUCACCCAGGUCAUCUACUUCACUGGCUUUGGAAAGGACCAGACUCUGCUCAAAGUUAUCAUUUGUGCUUCGGCUGGAAGUCUCAUUUUGAUCAUCCUGAUUGUUAUUGCCCUAGUGAUCUGGAAGAGAAAUAGAGGAAAGGCAACAUUUACCCCAGCGACAAAAAGUUACCAGAUGGACUCACUCGAUUAUUCUGAAGUGAAACUAUGUCAGCAGCAAUCGAUACCAGAGGCGCUUUGCGCUGUUCCAGGAUCCUCUGAAGUCACAAAGGAUAACUGAUGGGCUUUGUUGUUUGUGGUACUUGGGCUGCAGCCACAACCUGGGACCAGACAUUGCAGGAGGGAGCUUAACCUGUGUGAAAUGGCCAUUUUGACGUCUUGUGUGGUCUUGUUCUGUGCAUCAACGCAAUAGGUGUGGCUGGGUGAACUGAGACUUUGACGGGUGGUUUUGUUUUUUUUUUGGAUUAGCUGAUCGUCUGUGUGCACGAGGAGAGCCAUCAAUCACCAAAAGCAUUCUACCGUCCCAUGUGGGAUCUCCAGCCUCAACUGACGGGCAGAACAUUGCGGUUAUCUGUAUGAACCAUUACAUGAAGGCUGGCGAGAGACAGGGACUUGGAGAGUGUGUAGAGGUCCUGUUCAAAGCUUCAGCAGAUUUCCUUCUCAGAGAGCGGCCUUCACUGGCAUUUAUUCCCCCGUCACUUGAGAUGAUGGUCGUGGCACCUCCUUGGACAGAUGAAGAUCUUCGCAGCAGCUAAACACAACUGAGAGUCUCACUGAUCCAUUUUAGAUUGAAGAGUCAUCCACAUCAGUGUGGGACCAGAGUCAGGCCGGUCUGCUCCCCGAAGGACACCCGAGAACCAGUUGGGUUUUAAUGCGCAAUCCAACAGCUUCAUGGUCACUUUUACAGAUAACAACUUUUAAUUGCCAUAUUGAACUGAAUUCAAAUACUUGCAUUUGAGCUGAUGCUCUCUGGAUUAUUAGUGUAGUAACAUAACCACUACACCAGUGUAUCUAACCAUCAAGAGUUUGUCCAUAUAGAGUAAUGGAAAGUUGCUUGAGCACGACUGGGAUCAGCCAACUUGUUAGGUCUAGUAUUUUCUAGCUAACCCAGAGCUGAGUGGGAUAAAUCCCAGCUCCCAGUGCCAAGUCCUAACUAGGAGAGCUAGGAAUCCAUGGGGAUUAUGGAAUUCAGCACAGAGUGUAGACUCGGCUCCAGGCUUUUGGAUUAACUGGAAAUAACGUGGGAGCUGACAGAUUUCUCCACAGAAUCUGACCAUCUCCUUCAGAGGAACGUAGCCAGAAAUUGGAUGUACACAUUUGUACAGCAAACGCAACGUUGGGUUAUGGUGGGUAAGGGAAUCGGGGUUCUGAGGAAAAGGGGCAAUAGAGCUGAAGUACAGAUAAGCCAUGAUCUGCUGAAUGCUCGAGGGGCUGAAUGGCUUCCUCCUAUUCCCAUGUUCCCACUGUUGCCGGGUUCAUGCCCACCGAGGCUCAUCAGUUUAAAACAAACCCCACGUUGCUGAAGUGUUCUGUUCUCCAGCUCCCCCUGGAGGAGGUGGCCUACAGUGCAUGUCACACCAGGGAUGUGCAUUCUCGGAACAGGAGCAAGGCCAUGCAGCCCCUUGAGCCUGUUCCAGCAUUCAGUCAGGUUGUGGCUGGUCCCUUUCCCUCAGCUCUCCGAGUGUGUCGUCCUCUGCUGCCCCACCUCCGUCAUUGUCUCCAAAUACAGGAUAUUCUGUAAUAACAGCGCACUGAUAGAACCUGUCUCCCCUUGCCAUCAUUGUACUGAAGGAAUAAUAUAUUCCCAAUAGGCCUGAUCUGUACUUGGUGAUUCAGCUGAAAGAAUCUUUAUCAGAUUAGUAUUUACUUAUUGACCUGUUUGGGGAUGGGUUCACACACUCUAGCCAUCUAGCUCAGUGAAACGUAAAAUGAAGGGAAGGCAGAGGCGGUGACAUAGUGGUAUUGUUAUUGGACUACUAUUCCAGAGAUCCAGGGUAAUGCUCUCCAGGACACAGGUUCGAAUCCCACCAUGGCAGAUGGUGAAAAUUGAAUUCAAUAAUAAAAAAAAUCUGGAAUUAAAAGUCUAAUGAUGACCUUGAAGCCAUCGUUGUAAAAAAACCCAAUGCCCCUGAAGGGAAGGAAGUUUGCUGUCUUUACCUGGUCUGGCCUACAGACCUGUGACUCCAGACCCACAGCAAUGUGGUUGACUCUUAACUACCCUCUGAACCAGGGCAACUAGGGGUGGGCAAUAAAUGCUGGCCUAGCCAGUGAUGCCCACAUCCCAUGAAUGAAUUUUUAAAAAAAUGGUUCACACCUCGUCUGGGGCUGUGGUAGGCUUGCCUACUCACACUUGUGGUGCCCCCUCAGGGUUUAUACAACCCAUUGUCCCUCCCGAAGGGAGAGAUACUGAUGGCCGUUUGUAGACGAUGGUCGGUUACUAAUAGAUCUGUUUCAGGGCAUUUACCUUUACUUGAAAGCCCACAUCAGGGGAAGGUAAUCCACAAUUUUAGGACUUUUUCAAUCCUUAGGUGUUUACAACUGAGCCUCUCUUCACAACCCAAGGCCUAAGUGUGGAACCAGUGCUCUUAUAUUAUUCAGAUAACAACACAAUUUUAUUUUUAUAUAAUAUAUAAAUGGUCUAAUAAAUUGUAAUUUAAAUCU